AAGAAUCAUUAUUUUUAGCGUCUGGCUCGUGUUGCAGUGUCGGGGUCGCGAGAAGCUUUUUUUCUCCAUCUCCGUGCCACAGUUUGAGCAGGGCUCGCGGGGAGCACGAGAGAGCUACGCAACACACUGACUGGUGCGUGGAGUUGCGGGGUAGUUGACAUUAGAAAGCGAGGGGGGGGUGGGGGAUAACGGACUGAACACCAACACAUCUUGUCACCGUAUCACCAACGUCCGACACACGCUCCGGUCCUCGUUAAACGGCCGGCCUGGAGAUGGCUAGCCCUGCAGCAGGUCGAGAUGUCCCGGAUGCUUCGCCGCGGGACGAGCCGGUGCCGUCGGGGCCGCACCAUCCCGAACCAGCCUGUCUGGAGGCACAGAAAUGGAUAGAGGCUGUAACGGGGAAGAGCUUUGGAGACAAGGACUUCCGCAGCGGAUUGGAGAACGGCAUCCUGUUAUGCGAGCUGCUGAGUGCAAUCAAACCAGGGCUGGUCAAGAAGAUCAACAGACUGCCCACCCCCAUUGCUGGGCUGGACAACCUGUCACUCUUCCUGCGGGGCUGUGAGGAGUUGGGCCUAAAGGGCUCCCAGCUGUUUGACCCCGGGGACUUGCAGGACACUUCCAUACGAGCUAACCUCAAGGACUCUGACUGCAACCGCAAACUAAAAAAUGUGCUGAACACAGUGUUCUGGCUUGGGAAGGCUGCCAGCGGCUGUGCCUCCUACAGCGGCCCUAAUCUCAACCUCAAGGAGUUUGAAGGGCUUCUUGCUCAAAUGAGGGUGGAGACUGAAGAAGGAGGUGACAGUUCACAGAAGCGUAGUGUUAGGGACAGCGGCUACGACUGCUGGGACUCUGAGAGGAGCGACUCUCUAUCUCCACCGCAACACACUCGUGACAACUCUCUUGACAGUCUGGACUCCUUUGGCUCUCGCUCACAGCACAGCCCGUCUCCUGAUGUAGUGAAUCGAGGCAACAGUGAUGGGCGAGGCAGCGACUCUGAUGCCGAUGCCCCCAGCAGGAGGCCAGAUGUGCGGAAGGAUGACAUGUUGGCCAGGCGGACGGCCAACAUUGACACAAGAAGCUCUAUUCCCUUUAACCAGUUUCUUCCCAACCGCACCAACACCAGCGCCUACAUCCCGACUCCACGCCGAAAACCACAUACAGAGGAAGGAGAUCAGCGAAGUCAAGUCCCUCCAGAAGAGUCUAAAAGAACCGGGCCGCACUACAAAACUUCCAAGACUGUCACUUGGGCUCCUGAGAACAACGGGGAAAAACCAAAACAGGAAGAGGAGAAGGUGACCCAGGAGGGGUUGGAGCAGAAAAGGCUGCAGAAGUUGCAGAAGUUGCAGAAGGCAGGGAUCAAAGUUCUGCCUGCUGCCGUACGCUACCGCAGCCCUCCAACAAUGGAGGAACAGGAAGUGAGGUCACCAUCCCCGAACAUCAUCCUUCGCUGCGAAAAUGACUUUUUGAGCUCUCAGAAAUCUGCGUGGGACUCCUCCUCUGAUGUGGAAGAGGAGGCAGAAUUGCGGAAAGUCCCAGAUGUUCGUAAAGACGAUCUGGCAUCCAGAAGAGCUCAUCGCGGCACGGUUGCUCCCAGGGUGCAUCAGUUUGUCCCUCAACCUGUAUGUAGCAACGAAGACCGCGAGCGCUGGGAAGGCAUUAGACGAGCCUCGCAGAAAACACUGCAGGAGAAGGAGAUCAGUGAGAAAGAAACAGUCCCUGACAUCAUUACACGCAGAGACAACCCUUUCCUAAACUCCUCCCCUCGCCACGAGGAAGAGGAGGACGGGGAGGAAGAGGGAGAAGAGGGGAAGGUUAUGGCAACGCCUAAUAAGCAGAAGGAUGACCUGGCUCGUAGGCGGGCUCUGAGUAAGCCCCUCCCUCACAGGGACGGACCAAUGAGCUUUGUGUCUGCCUCCAUGAGCCAGGCAGAUAUGCAGAAGUGGGAGAGACUCAAGAUGACUGAACCCAGUGAGGCUAGUCCGGCCCCUGCUGUGUGUCAGGCUUGUCUGGAGAAAAAUUAUGGAAGUCCUUUCAGCAGAUCAGCAAAGGCUGGACGGGGUCACAGCAAAGUUGUGACCUUUGGGGGCGUGACUGAGAUCGAGCAGCCAAUAGACACAGUCAUGUCAAGUGGAGGGGAGGAGACGGAGUUGCUAAGACGACUCCUUUCCAAGGCAACUGUAGCCAUGCCUACCAUUGGCCUGGGCUCCCAGCUUUCAGAGCGGGAACGCAGCCAGGUAGAUGGAGCUGACCUCAAUCAAACCACCCCUCCCGCCGCUGACCUCCCACACUGCACCCCUGAAACCCCUCCUACUCCUUCUGAGCUGGAUGCACGUCUGGCUCAAUAUGAACAGAGAGCAGAGGAGGAGGAUGAAGAGGAAGAGGACAGGAUCCCAGAUCUUCAGAAAGACGACAUGAUGGCGAGGAGGACAGGAGUUUUCCAUAAACAAAGCACCGCUACAGUGACCUACAACCGUUUCCUGCCUCUGCCCAGCACCAAGCGCUCAGCACAAGGGGAGGUCACAUGUGACGCUGCUCCGCGGAACAAAAGGGAGGUGCAGGCAGAGAGGAGCAAGAAAGUGAACGUCAGGAGUUUCUCUCAUAGAGUGGAGCAACAGCAACCCAGAGUUCCCAUGGAAACACCUGACACGACUGUAAUCCGAGCAACGUCUCACAGCGAACGUGAAUAUGAUGAUGAUGAUGAUGAGUAUGAUGAAAAUGAGCCUGUGCCUGACCUGGAGAAGGACGAUAUGAUGGCUCGAAGGACAGGAUCAUACCAAAAACCGAGUGCAGUCAGAACGAAUCAGUGCAUGAACCAGUUCCUGCCAGUACCUGGAUCAGUCAAAUAUAGCGUCGCCCCUGUGUCUGCAAUGAAGCCUCUACACAGCAGACCUAAACUCACAGAGAGGAUGGCUAGUGAAAGCAGCUUUGUUACCGUGGCGGCAGAACCUCAGGCUCCGCUCUCCAAAGCCCCCACCCUCCUUAAGUGUGCAGGGCUGAGGGAGAAGCAGGGGGAAGAUGGAAAGCGAGAGGGAGACAUGACUAACACCUCUGUCACAGAUGUGACUGAGCCCCUCUCCUCACCAUCGCUCAGUCCUGCCACUGCCCAGACUUGUAAAGUGGAAAAGCAGAUUGUGGAGGAAGGAGUUGAGGAAAAGGUGGAGGAGAGAAAGAGCGAUGUGAACGAGCAACCACGAAAGAAACCCUUCUGGCUGGAUGACGAUGAUCUACCUCCCAUCAUGAUGAGCCGGCGAGUUGCUUUUAUGUCUGAGGACACUGAGAGCGUUAGCAUGAGUGACAUACUUAACGAGGAAGAGGUGGAACACUUGCCACCACUGAGCCAAUCACGAUAUGAGCGCAUGCAAGAGCAGUACAACAACUUUCAGGAAGACGACGACCACUGGCGAAACGACUUGGCUCGCUGGAAGACUCGGCGUCGGAGUGCGUCACAGGAGCUGAUCAAGAAAGAGGAAGAGAGGAAGAGGAUGGAGAAAAGGAGGAAGGAGGAAGGAAGUGAUAGCAACAAGAGGAAAAGCAUCAAGACCUACAAGGAGAUCGUGGAGGAGAAGGAGCGCAGAGAAGCAGAGUUGUGUGACGCUUACAGGAAUGCAGCGACUCCAGAAGAGGCUGCCAUAGUUUUACAUCGUUACGCUCUUCGCUUCACCAUCAGUGACGCAACACUGGACACCCUGAAACUGCCCAGAUCCAUCUCAGAUCCCAAACAGGACCUUAAUCAGGUGGACAAGGAGCACAGAACAACAUCCCCUAUUGACGAAACUUCCGAACCUCCACACAAACCAGAACCACCUGUUAGAAAAGAGCAGAGGCACACAGAGCCGGAAGGGAUGGAGACAAAUGUAACUCAACGAGAGACGUCAGUUUCUGUCUCCUCCAGCUCCCCAUCACCUGGCAGCCCCCUCAGCCCGGUCACAAACUCAGAAAAUGUGCAACCCCAGUCACUAAAACGGAAUGAACCUCAAUCCAAACCGACAGAGUCUCCGACCACACAACUAAAACAGCCAACUACAGGAGACGCAAAGCAUCAAACCAAACACACUCCGCCUCAGAUUGCACAGGUGCAGUCUCACAGCACACAGCCUCUACACACACUCCCCUCCCCUCCAGCUGUUUCCCCCCGACCCGCCCACCUGCUCGCAGCCAAACCCUACUGCCAGCCCAGGAACACACAGUCUGGACACAAGCCUGUCAAGUUGGUGCAAGUAAAUGGAGAGGUGAUGGAAGAUUUAUCUGUUUCCACUCCACCUAACUCUGCUCUGCACUCGCCACCGGAGGUCAAAGAUGUUCCCUCAAAGCAGACAGAGAAAGACGUACCAUUCAAACAGACGGAGAAAGAUGUUCCCUCAAAGCAGACGGAGAAAGAUGUUCCCUCAAAGCAGACGGAGAGAGAUGUUCCCUCAAAGCAAACGGAGAGAGAUGUUCCCUCAAAGCAGACAGAGAGAGAUGUUCCCUCAAAGCAGACAGAGAGAGAUGUUCCCUCAAAGCAGACAGAGAGAGAUGUUCCCUCAAAGCAGACAGAGAGAGAUGUUCCCUCAAAGCAGACAGAGAGAGAUGUUCCCUCAAAGCAGACGGAGAGAGAUGUUCCCUCAAAGCAGACGGAGAGAGAUGUUCCCUCAAAGCAGACGGAGAGAGACGUACCAUUCAAACAGACGGAGAGAGACGUACCAUUCAAACAGACGGAGAGAGACGUACCAUUCAAACAGACGGAGAAAGAUGUUCCCUUCAAACAGACAGAGAGAAAUGUUCCCUCAAAGCAGACAGAGAGAAAUGUUCCCUCAAAGCAGACAGAGAGAGAUGUUCCCUUCAAACAGACGGAGAAAGAUGUUCCCUCAAAGCAGACGGAGAAAGAUGUUCCCUCAAAGCAGACAGAGAGAGAUGUUCCCUUCAAACAGACGGAGAAAGAUGUUCCCUCAAAGCAGACGGAGGAAGAUGUUCCCUCAAAGCAGACGGAGAAAGAUGUUCCCUCAAAGCAGACGGAGAAAGAUGUUCCCUCAAAGCAGACAGAGAAAGAUGUUCCCUCAAAGCAGACGGAGAAAGAUGUUCCCUCAAAGCAGACAGAGAAAGAUGUUCCCUCAAAGCAGACAGAGAAAGAUGUUCCCUCAAAGCAGGCGGAGAAAGAUGUUCCCUCAAAGCAGACGGAGAAAGAUGUUCCCUCAAAGCAGACGAGAGAAAGACGUACCCUCAAAGCAGGCGGAGAAGAUGUUCCCUCAAAGCAGACUGCGACCAAUCAGGAGACAGUGGAGCAGACACCACCUCCACAGACAGAAAGAUCGACCACGUCUUUAGGCUCUGCCAUCAGCUCCCUGAUUGGAGGCCGAAACUGUACCAUCACAACGACUAUUGUGACAGAGCUCACACAUGUGGAGCCACAUCACCCGGAUAUCCAAAGCAAUGGACAGGUCAACGGUGCUUCUGCGUUAUCUGGGAGUCCAGUGGAGGAGCAAAGGGCUCAGCCAGCUACUUCACCAACCAGCAUGUACGAAUAUUCUCCCACUGUCACAGAGGGACUUGAGGAGAGCAGUGUGACUAUUGAGACCCCCAUGUUGAACUUGGCUAAACGUGUUAAUCACUGGGUUUGGGACCCCAAUGAGGAACGUAAACGCCUGGAAAGUUGGCAACAGGAGCAGGAGCGCCUCCUACAGGAACAAUACCAGAUAGAACAGGAGAAGCUGAAGAAGGAGUGGGAGAAGGCUCAGCUGGAGGUGCAGGAGGAGGAGAGAAAACACAAUGAAGAGGAGAGAAAGAUCCUAGAGGAGACUGUAACACCCUUAAAUCCCAGCGGCUUGUUAAACCAGCAGUCGGACCAGAUAGGGACGACUUCAUCAGCUCCAGAAAUCAGCAACACAGAAGGAGGAAACGUUCCUCUACAGCAAAACGGCCAAAGAAGGGAAGGGAGCGACGAUCAACAUGAAUCCAAGCUGCAUUUUUUCCAGGAUUCUGCUUGUGAUGGUAAACCUUCAAAGAAACAGGAACUGUGGAAGACUUCCUCUCUGGACCGCAACCCUCAGCUAAACCAGCCACAUAUUGUUAAAAGGUCUGAAUCACAUGACGCUGUAACAAACAAACAGCAGCCGUCCCCUUCAUCCCCUCAGCCUCCCUCGCCCAGCAGGUGUGUCAGUGGGAAGAGACUAUGUUCUGGUUGUUCUCAACCACUGGGAAAAGGAGCUGCCAUGAUCAUCGAUACACUGGGACUGUUCUUCCACGUACAGUGUUUCAAGUGUGGAGUGUGUGAGGGUCAGCUGGGUGACGCCACUGUAGGGACUGACGUACGGAUUCGUAAUGGGCUGCUGAGCUGUCAUGAGUGCUAUAUUGCAUCUCGGGGCAGAGGUCAGCCCACCACACUGUGAUGACCUGCACGUGAACUGGAACCUCUCGUUGUCCUUGUCAGGGAUUCGAUGGAGAAUAAUUGACUCACAUUCUGGAAUACUCUUUGAAUCAUCGUCUUUUUUCCUGAAAUGCACAAUCAGCUUUAUGGAUGCUAAUGAGAGCAAAAACUGGAAUGACAUAAGGACUGGGCUGAGUGACAAAACAUCACAUGCACAUGCAGUACAGUGUGUGUGCUUAAUAUCUAAACACAUGUAUACAGUUAAACAUAUUCAUAUGUGAAGCAUGGAUGUAAUCAAGCAAUCAAUGUGUUUAGGCCUUUGCACAUCCAUACUUUGCAGAGUUAAUGUAUGCCGUUAUAUUUGUACGUCAUUCCAAGGGAGCAGUGAGCGAAUUGGAGCAUAUGAAUUAUAUUUUGAAGAGAAAUUAUAUGCAAUCAAAAAAUGUUUUUGUUUGGGCUUGUUCGUUUCGUCUUAUAACCCCAAUGCUUCCAUAAGAAGACGAAAGAGCAAAAAUAAGAUUGUUGGAUUGCGUUGUGUAUAAUUCUUCUUCAAAAUAUAAUUUAUGUGCUUGCAAAAUAUAUUGAUAUCCAAAUCUCCUAUUGCCCGCUCAGAAAUGAAGCACAGACGCCAUAUUAAGACACAUAAGGAUCUGAUUCUGUCACAACAUGUUACGCUAAAAGCUGAGUCUCAAAAUCUGGAUUCAUUAACCCCUGCUUCUGCACUGAUCAUGUGACUGGAUUACCUGAAGUAGCUUGACCAUUACAAUGCCUUACUCAUCAUAAUACUUUCUCAUUCUUUUUAGGUUUUGUGUUUACAGUUUUGCAUGAAAGAAGAACAUUAUAUAAGUUAUUGUGAGUAUUGUGCAGAUGGAGUAGUGUGAGUUUGACGUACGUUGUUAUCGCCUCGACAGCUGAACUUUAACUUUCCUCUUGUAUGUUGUACAUCAUGAUAUUUUGUUUUUGGAACCUGGCUAAUUUACACAAGCUUUUUUUCCCUUUAUAAUUAAUUUUACAGGAAUGAGAAUGCAUGUUAUUAAUUAUAUACUUGCUGUUCUUUGGAUUUUUAAAUAUUUUCCCUUUAACAUGUUUUAGCCAUUGUUUACUCUCAUAGACUGACUGCAUCCAAAUCAGUGCCUUAUGUAAUGAAUGCAAGGGUUUGUCUAUGGGCAGGAGUAACUCACACUCACGCGGACCUCUGGGUCUCGGCACAUUGUGUGUGUGUGUGUGUGUGCGUGUGUGUGUGUGUGUGUAUGAAAUCAUGCAUGUAUAGGUUUGUAUGCGAUGUGUGAUUUAACUUGAAGCACAGUUUCCAUACCAGCAAAAAAAACGUUUUAAAUGGAUGUCCCGAUCACCUGCUGUUCUCUUCCACCCCGUCCCAUGAGCUAAACCAAUGACACAAUGUGAUUUGCUGCUUCCCAGGUUAAUUAUUCCCUUGUAUAAUGACACAUUCACCAAGCCCUGUAAUCUCUCCUCAUCUGCCUCUAUCACAAGUGUUGCCUCCCCAGAGUGAGCUGAACACCUCUCCCCUCUGUGUGUCUCUGACAGCGUCUUCAUCACUCAGAGGAAUAGAGCGCUCAAUUCAUUGUCUUUUAUAGCAAGUGUAUGUUUAUCAGUAAAAUAUUUUAAAUGGGA